GCUCCUGAGACCACUUCAGACUCUGACGACAGACUCUACUGCAUUUGUGCUCAAAAGGCUUCUGGCACAAUGAUUGCCUGUGACAACGACGGCUGCAAAAUCGAGUGGUUUCAUCUUCCGUGCGUUCAUCUGGCUGGCUUGCCCAACAAGAAGGCAAAGUGGUAUUGUCCUUCUUGCCGCGUUGAGCUGGGAAAGGGCGUGUUCUCCUUUGGUAUCGUUGGUGGAAAC